AUGACCUCGCCGCAACACACUGUCCGGAAGCUGACGGUGGAGGUGGUCGAUGCCCGAGAUCUCCUCCCCAAGGACGGUCAGGGGACCUCCAGCCCAUACGUGGUGGUGGAGUUCGCCGGACAGAGGAAGCGCACGAAGACCUCCGUUAGGAGUCUCAACCCCAAAUGGCACGAGAAGCUCGAGUUCCUCGUCCCCGACCCAGCGGACAUGGAAGCCGAGGAGCUCGACGUCGAGGUCUACAGCGACAAGCGCCAGGGCACCUCUGGCGGCGGAGGACGAAAGAACCACUUCCUCGGCCGUGUCCGGAUUUACGGCAGCCAGUUCGCUAAGAAGGGCGAAGAAGGCCUCAUCUACUUCCCUCUCGAGAAGAGAGCCCUCCUCAGCUGGGUCCGCGGCGACAUUGGCCUCAGGAUAUAUUACUACGAGGAACAGCAACAAGGUGAGGAGAAGAAGCUCGACCAGUCCAACCCGCAGCAAGAGCACAACGAGGCGAAGAAGGAGAGCAUAUCCGAUAUCCCUCUGCCGACGGAGACGGCCAGCGAGACGCAGGAACCGCCGCCCGUGCCUCUCGUGGUAGUGGAGGAAGUCCCAUCUCCGGAGCCUGCACCGCCUCCUCAGCACGUGGUGGAGGAGCACCCGCGGGAAGUUCUCAUGGCCGAAGUGAAGAAGAUGCAGACGACGGCGACUAUGGAGAAGACCACAGUUUCGAGGAGGACGAACGGGGGGCACUUCGAACCGAAGGCCAUACCCGGAAAGUUCUCAUCAACCAGGGAGGCGGCCGAUCGGAUUUCCUCGGCGUACGACCUCGUGGAGCCCAUGCAGUUCCUAUUCGUGAAGGUGGUCAAGGCGAGGAAUCUCCAGCCGUGCGAGAACCCUAGCGUCAAGGUCCGUGCGGGAGCGCAGACGGUGAGGACGAAGCAGUCCCCGGGAAACUCAGCAAACCCGGAAUGGAACCAGGUCUUCUCCUUCAGCCACACCAAGGCGGAGUCCACGCUCGAGAUCUCGGUCUGGGAUGGCGGCGCCGCCGCCGGCGAGACCUUCCUCGGCGGUGUCUGCUUCGACCUCUCCGAUGUGCCCGUCCGAGACAAGCCGGACGGCCCGUUGGCGGCGCAGUGGUACCGUCUCGAGGGAUCCGACGACCGCAACCCCACCGCUCACAUCACCGGCGACAUCAUGGUCUCCGUCUGGAUCGGGACCCAGGCCGACGAGGCGUUCCCAGAUUCAUGGAACACAGAGGCCCCCCACGUCGGCCACACCCGCUCCAAGGUCUACCAGUCCCCGAAGCUCUGGUACCUCCGCGUGUCGGUGAUCGAAGCUCAGGACCUUCACGUCGGGGGCCCGUCGCCGUCUCCGUUCCCGGUCGACGUGAGGGUGAAGAUUCAGCUGGGCUUCCAGUCCUCGCGGACCAGGAGGUCCACCGCCGGCGGUGAUUCCCCGUCCUUCUCCUGGCACGAGGACCUCAUGUUCGUCGUCUCUGAGCCACUCGAUGACCAACUGCUCGUCCUGGUAGAGGACCGCUCCGGCAAGGAGACCACUCUGCUGGGCCACGCCAUGGUGGAGGUAGCCUCCGUGGAGCAGCGGCUCGACGAGCGCCCACUCUCCUCCAAGUGGUUCAACCUCGACGGCGGAAAAGCCGCCGCCGCCUCCGGCGGCGCCGCCUACGCAGGGAGGAUUCACCUGAGGCUGUGCCUGGAGGGGGGUUACCACGUGCUGGACGAGGCGGCGCACGUCUGCAGCGACUUCCGGGCGACGGCGAAGCAGCUGUGGCGGCCGGCGGUGGGGGUGCUGGAGCUGGGCAUCCUGGGGGCGCGGGGGCUUCUCCCUAUGAAGACUAAGGGCGGUGGCAAGGGCUCCACCGACGCCUACUGCGUGGCCAAGUACGGGAAGAAGUGGGUCCGCACCAGGACCAUCACCGACAGCUUUGACCCUCGCUGGAACGAGCAGUACACGUGGCAGGUCUACGACCCCUGCACGGUGCUGACCAUCGGGGUCUUCGACAACUGGCGCAUGUUCGCUGACCUCGCCGGCGAGCGCCCCGACUACCGCAUCGGCAAGGUGCGGAUCCGCUUAUCGACGCUAGAGAGCAACCGCGUGUACACCAACUCCUACCCUCUGCUGGUGCUGCUCCGCUCGGGGUUGAAGAAGAUGGGCGAGGUGGAAGUGGCCGUCCGCUUCGCUUGCCCCGCGCUGCUGCCGGACACCUGCGCCAUCUACGCGCAGCCGAUGCUGCCGAGGAUGCACCACCUCCGCCCCAUCGGCGUGCCGCAGCAGGAGGCCCUGCGCGGCGCCGCCAUCAAGAUGGUCGCUGGCUGGCUCGCCCGCUCGGAGCCCCCGCUCGGCCCGGAGGUAGUGCGCUACAUGCUCGACGCCGAUUCCCAUAUCUGGAGCAUGCGCCGCAGCAAGUCGAACUGGUUCCGCAUCAUGGCCGUGCUGGCGUGGAUCGUCGGCGUGGCCCGUUGGCUCGACGACAUACGGCGGUGGCGGAACCCCGUGACAACCUUCCUCGUCCACCUCCUGUUCCUCGUUCUGGUCUGGUACCCGGAGCUGGCCGCGCCGACAGGCUUCUUCUACCUCGUGCUCGUCGCCGCCUGGUACCGCCGCUUCCGGCCGAAGCUCCCGCCGGGGAUGGACGUGCGUCUCUCCCAGGCGGACGCCGUGGAACCCGACGAGCUCGACGAGGAGUUCGACGCCGUGCCGACGGGGAAACCGGAGGAGCUCGUGAGGGCGCGCUACGACCGCCUGCGGACUCUCGCCGGCAGGGUCCAGACGGUGAUGGGGGACUUCGCCGCGCAGGGAGAGAGGCUGCAGGCGCUGGUCAGCUGGAGGGACCCGCGCGCCACCAGGCUCUUCGUCGGCGCCUGCUCUGCCGCCGGUGUCGUUCUCUACGUCGUCCCGCCGAAGAUGGUGGCGGUAGCCCUCGGCUUCUACUUCCUGCGGCACCCCAUGUUCAGGGACCCUAUGCCGCCCCCCACCCUCAACUUCUUCCGCCGCCUCCCCAGCCUCUCCGACCGAAUCUUGUAG